AUGGGGAAGGAGAAGCUCCACAUAAACAUUGUGGUAAUAGGACAUGUCGACUCAGGCAAGUCCACCACCACCGGCCACCUCAUCUACAAGUGUGGAGGCAUUGACAAGAGAACAAUUGAGAAGUUUGAAAAAGAAGCAGCAGAGAUGGGAAAGGGAUCCUUCAAAUAUGCCUGGGUUCUGGACAAGCUGAAGGCAGAGCGUGAGCGCGGUAUCACCAUUGACAUCUCUCUUUGGAAGUUUGAGACCAGCAAGUACUACGUCACCAUCAUCGAUGCUCCAGGACACAGGGACUUCAUCAAAAACAUGAUCACUGGGACUUCUCAGGCGGACUGCGCCGUGCUGAUCGUGGCCGCAGGCGUGGGCGAGUUUGAAGCCGGCAUCUCAAAGAACGGGCAGACUCGUGAACACGCCCUCCUUGCCUACACCCUGGGAGUGAAGCAGCUCAUCGUGGGCAUCAACAAAAUGGAUUCCACCGAGCCCAACUACAGCCAGAAGCGCUACGAAGAGAUCGUUAAGGAAGUCAGCACUUACAUCAAGAAGAUCGGCUACAACCCUGACACUGUGGCCUUUGUGCCCAUCUCUGGCUGGAAUGGAGACAACAUGCUGGAGCCCAGCCCUAAUAUGAACUGGUUCAAGGGCUGGAAGAUCAACCGUAAAGACGGCAACGCCUCAGGCACCACACUGCUGGAGGCUCUGGAUGCCAUCCAGCCUCCUACACGCCCCACUGACAAGCCCCUGCGCCUGCCUCUGCAGGACGUCUACAAGAUCGGAGGCAUUGGGACGGUACCGGUGGGCCGAGUAGAAACAGGAGUCCUGAAGCCUGGCAUGGUGGUGACCUUUGCCCCCGUCAACGUGACCACUGAGGUGAAGUCUGUGGAGAUGCACCACGAGGCUCUGACCGAGGCGCUGCCUGGGGACAACGUGGGUUUUAAUGUGAAGAACGUGUCCGUCAAGGAUAUUCGCCGUGGCAACGUGGCCGGAGACAGCAGGUGUGACCCACCACAGGAAGCAGCCGGCUUCACCUCUCAGGUGAUUAUCCUGAACCACCCUGGUCAGAUCAGUGCCGGAUACGCUCCCGUGCUGGACUGCCACACCGCGCACAUCGCCUGCAAGUUUGCAGAGCUCAAGGAAAAGAUUGACCGUCGCUCCGGUAAGAAGCUUGAGGACAACCCCAAGUUCCUGAAGUCUGGGGACGCUGCCAUUGUGGACAUGAUCCCCGGCAAGCCCAUGUGUGUGGAGAGCUUCUCUGAGUACCCUCCUCUGGGGCGGUUUGCAGUCCGUGACAUGCGUCAGACAGUGGCGGUGGGAGUGAUCAAAGGUGUGGAAAAGAAAGCACCCACCAGCGGUAAAAUCACCAAGUCUGCACAGAAGGCACAGAAGGUCAAAUGAACAUUGUGCUGGGCUGCUGCCCCAAACGCUCGCCGUGGCCGAAGGUACACAAGCACCCCGCCCCUCCUGCACACCAUAGUCAGCGUCUGGUCUAUUAUCACAAUGCAUCGCAAAAGCAGACGAAGGAAAAACAAAUAGCACCACACUGUUAGUGAUUAACAUGUUAACACACUGUUCUAUGUAGAUUAUAUGGUCACUGGGAUUGUGACAGAACAACACAACAGAUUUACAUCACUGCUCUCUGGUUGUGUGCCGUUGUAGUUAAGAUGAAGCCGCUCGUUAAUCUAGCCAACAAAUGUAGCUGCUUAACACCAGUAAUAAGGCAGAGAUGUUCCUCUGCCGGGUCUUUGUUGAAGUAAUACUGUGUUCUAGCUUUAAAAGAGGUAUGCUUACUAGCCAAAGGUAGACACUUACUGCUUGCAUGCUCACUGUUGCAUCUUAGAGAAACAAGCUUCAGAUGAUCUUUGUCCAAUUCCUCAAAUCUUCCCAACAUGCACUUUGCCCUUCUCAGGCUCUCUCGCAGUAGCGCUGUUAAAUGUUGCUGUUUAAAUCAUGCACCUUAAUCAAUG